GGGUUGGCCCUCUCCUCGCAGUUUUAUAGUCUAAUCCUGCGCCAAAGCACCUGCCUGCCACGCACCGCAUCGUAUUGGACAGCCGUUCCACCCCCACUCCAGCGACGCAGGACAGCAGCAUGAGGCUGCGCAGAGGAGUCGCCCGCUGGCUGGUGAUCGCGGCGCUGGUGGCGGCGCUGCUGCCGGGGGCGGCGGAGGCGGCGCGCGGUGGCGGAGCCAGGGUGGCGGGAGGCGUGGGCGGCGGGGGCGGCCGGAACCAGCGGGCGCGCGGCGCCGCGGGCCGCAGGGUGGCGCAGCGCUCGCGCGUCAUGGACGAGAUCGCCUACCAGCAGAACGCCUACUACAACCACAAAGACGGAGCGCGCAUCGUCAAGUCGUCGCACUUCGAGCAGGACUACAUGCUGGGCCGCAAGAUCUCCUUCUUCUGCAUGGCGCAGGGCUACCCGCGGCCGGAGAUCACCUGGUUCAAGGACGGCGUCGAGCUGCUCGACCACGACUACUUCCAGGUGCGAGAGUGGACUUCGGGCAACGACACGGUGCGCUCCAAGAUGGAGAUCGACCCGGCGAUGCAGCGCGACGCCGGCUACUACGAGUGCCAGGCGGACAACCAGUACUCCGUGGACAGCCGGCGCUUCCGCACCGACUACGUCGUCUACACGUUCUAGCCUACCAAUACACUGCGCCGUACUUCCCUAACAGACCACCUACCAUUGCAGGACGCGAUUUGGACACAAGUUUUCCUGCCUCCUCUGCAUAGAAUCAGUGUCAAUGUGGCACCAUGUUGCGCCUGUGGCCAUCAUUCCGUUACAGAUCUAAACUGUCUGUUGUUUCCUUGUACCAAGUACUAAGCUGUGCCAGAAAAAAAAAAGAAAACAAAAGAAAUACGUAGCGGUUAAGUUCAUCCAUGUCCAAUUACCACACAAUGUAGUUUCACACUUAAGUGAUAACAAUGCGCAACUUAUUAAAGCAAUCACUGAAUUUACUUCAAACAGCAAUUUUAUUAUUUUAAUUUUAUUGUAGUUAAUUUAUAGAUAUAACACUCUGACGGAACAUAUUCUGCGCUGUUUCAAAGUGUUUUAUGUGAUAUGUGUUUUAAUCUGCAUAUUCCAGCUGGUUCACCAAAAGAUUUUUGUUUUAAAAACUUUAUUCUAACAAUUUAAUGUAAUGUCUCUUAAAUAAUUGUAACUUGUAGCUGUCAACAACCAAACAGGAUGAACUUAUUGUCUUAUGGACCAAAAUUCAAUAAAAUAUUAAA